AUGCAGGAGAUUUGGCGAACAGGCACUAACUGGGACGAGCCUGUUGCGGAGCAACCACGUGAGCUUUGGAUAAGGUGGAUCGAACGGUAUCGGCAGAUCAACGAAGUGAACGUUCCUCGCUGUUUCUUCAAGGAUUUCUGUCCGCAGCAGGUCAGCGAUAUCCAGGUCCAUGUGUUCACAGAUGCGAGCGUGUCAGCCUGUGCGUGCGUUGCCUACCUCAGAACCACAGUGGACGGAGAGAGUCAGUGUUCGUUGAUUGCAGCGAAGACAAAAGUUGCGCCUCUUCGAACGCUAUCCAUUCCACGUUUGGAGCUUCAGGCUGCCAUGAUGGGUUCCCGUCUACUGCAGAAUAUCUGCUCAGCUCUUACCAUCAAUAUCCAAAGACGUUUCCUGUGGUCAGAUUCAGCGACAGUUCUUGCCUGGCUUCGCUCCGAUAGUCGUCAGUAUCAUCAGUUCGUGUCCUUCCGUGUUGGCGAAAUCCUGUCGUUGACCAGUGUGGAUGAGUGGCGCUACGUUCCUUCUCGCGAAAAUGUUGCCGGACGAUGCCACGAAAUGGAAUGGGGGCCUUCAUUCGAUCCGGAUUGCCGUUGGUAUCAGGGCCCACUAUUUCUGCAAGAUCCGGAAAGUCCAGUGGCCUACGGAACGGCCAGGAGAUACAGCGGAAGCAGAUUAGUGGAAGUGAUAGAUAUUCAACGAUUUUCCAAUUGGAACAGACUGCUACGUGCGACAGCUUAUGUUCACCGAGCUGUAGCGGUAUGGAAGCAUUCAACGAGCGGGACAAGAUCGCUUAAGGUACUCAGCCAGAGUGAAUUCGCGAAAGCAGAAGAAACACUUUGGCGACAGGCGCAAGCACAUGCGUAUCCGGAAGAAGUUCAGCUGUUGGAAGAAGGACAAAGUUUGUCAAAAGGCAGUUCAAUUCGUGCGCUGUCUCCAUUCCUGGACAAAAAAGGAGUUCUACGGGUUGGCGGCAGAAUCGAACAAGCUCCAUCGAUUUCAUACGAAGCGAAGCAUCCAGUCGUGUUGCCGAGAAGUCAUCGGAUUACAUAUCUCGUUGUGCUCAGCUUCCACCAGCAGUUCCUGCACGCGAACACCGAGACAGUGUGCAACGAGUUGAGACAACGAUUCUACAUUCCGAGGAUGCGAACAGUAGUGCGGAGCGUAUGUCGUAGCUAUCAGUACUGCAAGAUUAGAAAGCAGCUCCAGUUCCACCGAUGA